AUUAAUAUCCAAGAUGGAAAGGACCUCGAGUAUAAUCCUCGUGACUUUCAUGGCCACCUGCAGCAUCGCCCUUGCGCCUCUCCCAGCCGCCGGCGCUCAACCAGGACCAAAUGACAACCAUAUUGAGAUACCUUCCGGCUAUUCCUUCCUGUGCUCGGUGGAGAACCGCAUGGGCGAGGCGAUGGACUUCGAGCGUAACACCGGCCGCGCAUGGACGAUACCGUUCACCGUCGGCCCCGGCCAGGUCUCCAAGAAGUGGUACGUCAAAGAGAGCGGCUCCUUGGCUGAAUUGUUCGAGGGCAGGAAGUACACGGGGAGGGUGACCUCGUCGUGGACCUACGCCGGCAACACCAUGACAGGGGUGGUGCUGUGGGACGAGAAGUGGCCGGAGGCGGAGUCGUGUGUGCCAGACCCUGGACCCGGGUGCCGGCUCGUGUUCGAGAACAAGCAGCUGACUCUCGUGUCGGGCACCGGUGGGAGGCGGCUUCUUGGGGAUCUGGCCGUGAAGGAGUGCAGCAAGAACUGGAACGGCUUCGGCGGGUGGCUGCCGUGGGGCAUCGGCUGCACCUACCCUAAACAUGACCAUCCCUACGUCGGUACCGUCGUUUCUUAGCAUAGUACUGAGAAUCAGCAAAGUCACCAAAAAGGAAUAAUCGACAUAGUCGUACGAACGCUGGUAUGCAUGGUAACGCAUGUCCUUCUUUCUGUUUUUU